AUACACGCUACGACGACAUAAAUUUGCCGACAACAAAAAAAAAACAAAACAUGGUUAAUAAUAAAUUAAAAUCCUAUUACACAGUAGCUGUUUCGCAAACAAUCUCAUCAGAUGGCAAACAUCUCUUCGUUGGAACAAACUUUGGCGAAAUCCUGCUAUUUUCGAUUGAAAACCUAACAAAGGACAUCACCGACGAAAGUCUUUCGGCGCCAGAAACCAAAAUCGGUUCAAACACAGAACCUCUGCAAAUUUUUCAAGCAUCCGACAAGUCCCAAAUCUACAGUUUAUCGUUUUUCAAUGACUUUUUAAUAGUGGGAACGAAUGCCGAAAUCACCGGUUACUCUUUCAAAGGACAACAAAUCUCCAGCAAAAAAGCUUGGGAAGUACGGAUUCCAUCGUCACCCGAAAAUGCCGAACUAAACGAGAUAAAUUGCUUCUGGUUGGAUCGCGAUGCGGGAAAUUUGUAUGCUGGAUGCGGCGACAACAACAUUUACAACGUGAGCUUGGAAGAUGGGAAAAUCCUCAGAACCUUUAAUGGACACACAAAUUACAUUCACAGCGUCGAUGGCAAUGCAAAAUCAGCACAAAUUGUCUCGGCAUCGGAAGACGGAAGUGUUCGCGUUUGGGAUGCUCGUUCGCGAAAAUCGAGUUCAAAAAUUGAGCCUUACAAGAAAGAUCAGCUCGCAAGACCGGAAUUCGGAAAAUGGCAAGGAACAGUAGCUUUUAAUAACGAUUGGUUGAUUUGCGGAGGCGGACCGCGUUUCAGUAUGUGGCAUUUGAGAUCGAACGAAGUCACGCAAGUGUUUGAUUUCCCCGAAAAAAUCCACAUUUGCGGGUUUUUGGAUGAUCAAGUGUUGGUUGGAGGCGAUUAUAAGACAGUUCGACAAUAUAAUUUCAAUGGGGAUCUUGUAACGGAGCUACCUGUGUCAUCACCUUCCAUUUAUUCAGCAGUUUGGCAAUCGAGUCCUCAUAAAUUACUUUGCUUCGGAGGCUCGAGUAACAUUUUAGACGUUUGUACAAACUUCAAUUAUCGCGAUAUUUGUUUGAAACUCCAUCCAGGGAAUUAA